GGAUAACAUCUGCAUUACCUCCAAGCCACCUUCCCUAGAGUAUAUUUACUCCAAAGAGUAACAGCCUGAGCCAUUGCCUAGCCAAAUGUCCUGCUGCUUAUUGCCUUCCUUUUCUGCUGCUUGUUCCAGCGUUUUGCCUCCAUUCACACAAGUAACACUUGCCCAAUGGCAUGGAGCCCUGACCUGCUGUCCUCAUCACCCAGAAACCUGCCCAGAGCUGAAGCAUAGCAUGAGCUGGUGGGGAGUAAAGCCCGCCUCGGAGAGACCAUCUCAGGAGCAGAGCACCAGCGGGCAGCCUGUGGACUCAGGCAGUACUUCCACCACGACCAUGGCAGGCAUCUUUGUGCUGUUGUCUUUAGUGCUUUGCUGCUUCCCAGAUGCUGCCCUUGGGGUUGAGGUGGACUGCAGUAGGUUUCCCAACACUACGAAUGAGGAAGGCAAAGAGGUGUUGCUCUGCACCAAGGACCUCAGCCCCAUUUGUGGUACCGAUGGAGUCACGUACAGCAACGAGUGUCUGCUGUGUGCCUACAACAUAGAAUACGGAACCAAUAUCAGCAAAGACCAUGAUGGAGAAUGCAAGGAAGCUGUCCCUGUUGACUGCAGCACAUAUCCUAACAUGACAAAUGAGGAAGGCAAAACGAUGUUAGUCUGCAACAAGAUGUUCAGCCCUGUCUGUGGAACCGACGGGGUCACCUACGACAAUGAGUGCAUGCUGUGUGCCCACAACAUAGAGCAAGGGACCAGUGUUGGCAAGAAGUAUGACGGCAAAUGUAAGAAGGAAGUUGCUACAGUUGACUGCAGCGACUACCCUAAACCUGCCUGCACGAUGGAAUACAUGCCUCUCUGCGGCUCCGACAACAAAACGUACGGCAACAAGUGCAACUUCUGCAAUGCAGUCGUGGACAGCAAUGGGACUCUCACUUUAAGCCAUUUUGGAAAAUGCUGAAUAUCAGUGCUGAGAGAAUUCAUCACAGGAUCCCCACUGGCAAAUCCCAGCUAGAGAUCUCACCUCAGUUCAUCUCGCCCUCUGGGGAACUCAGCUCACUCCUGAUUUUCUUUCUCAAUAAACUAAAUCAGCAACA